AUGGCCCCCAAACUGUGGACAUCAACCGGACCGGGAGGAUUCCGGUCAGCGAGGCUGGUUGGGAUCGUAAUAAAUGAUCGUAUUGGAACCUGUGUCGCCAUCGACAUCGUCUAUGAGGCGGUUGAGCAACUCUCGCAGGUUUCCAUUCUCCGCACCGGAUUGGAUGGUGCUGAUGAUCAGUUGUACUGUCGCUUCAUCACUAUCCCGGAGAAGGGCGAUGAGAUCUUCGGUGAAGUUGCGAUAGCCGUCGAUGCUCGUCUCAUUCGUCUGUCUCUGUCGUCGCCUCCUCCAGGACUAUCACUUCCUGCGCCUCCCCCGCUCGCUCCCAUAGAAGUCCGCGGUGCGAGAGGCCGAAGGCCCCGAGAUGUGUCGGCCAUCAAGUUCUGUGCAGAGAGACGGAACGGCUAG